AUGUCCUACCGUUCGGUAAUCCAGCUGGUGGAAGGGCUCAACAUUGGCCCUUCCAUUCAUGUUCAUUCAGAGUCUGACGUUGGGGAAGUCAGAAGGUCGCGUCGAGUUGACGUCGAGAGCUUUGUUGAGGCGAUUUCUGACGAGAGCUUCCGGCAUUCCAAGCGAUUUUCAACGCUGGCUAACGGUAAACCAGGAGAUUUCCGGCGUUGCGAACGGCCAGAAAAGCGAUUUCCGUCAAGGCGAUUGAUGUGUGAUAGCGAGUCAUUUUUCGAGCGUGAGCCCUAUGCGUUCGGUGGGGAGUCAUCGGAAGGUCUUUUUGACUCCGACAGCGAGGCGGUAGGCCCCGAUGCUGGGGACAGAAGCAACACCGAUGUUGAGAUACUCGGUGAAUGCCCCAGCUCCAUUCCUUCACAUGGCAUCGGGAAGGGGCUAAUGACUGCACCGGUACCGUUGUCUAUUGUCUAUAGCGACGGUCGCCACGUUGGUCUAGCUAUGCUUGGGGAGACGAGCACUGGUCGCCAAUCAGAGACCUCCACUUCCGACCGUGGAGAGUCAGCCGCCGAACCAUCUUCUCGGCCGAGGGUAUCGGUAGUCUUUCCCAGCAAUCCUAGGGUGCUUAUGGGAGUUCCAAAAGAGCACCUAUUCGGCGUAAACUACCUGGAGCCCAACAAGAUUACCGAGCGGGAGAUCGCGAAAUAUCACGCGGAGUAUUUCAUACCAGAUUUGGUAGGGAUGAGGAUCCCAACGGCAACCGAAUCUCUAAGUAAGCCGAAGGAGGGUGAAGUUGUCUUUUUCACGGACAUCAGCUAUGCUCCCGGCCAAUUCAAUCCCAACUUUUGGGUGGCGUUAAUAGGAGUGGUCACAGCCUUCGGCAUGGCCGGCGAGGGAGCUCCUUCGUACGAACAUUUCUCCCACUUGUACAGCGUCACCAAGUCCAAGUCUGCCGACCACGGGGGUUGGGUUCAAGCUAACUGCCUGAAGGCUACCGAGCACGACCAUUUUGUUAGUGCCGUGCCAACAUCCCAGAAGACGUGGAGGAAACGGCAGGUGCUUUUGUCUGGUGAUUGGGAAUCGCCAUCGGGACAUCCCGUCCGUUUCCACAUUCCCACCACCUUCCAAAUUGCCGGUAGGCCAUCGCAAGUUGAAGUAGCCGAGCGCCACCCAAGCGGAGAUCUGACAGAUAGACAAGGUAAGGCUGAAGGUCCCUGCCGUGGAGAGAGUGUACCCGAAGUUCCUCUUCACCGCCAAUCUCAUCAAGGCUCAACUUGUCAACCCUGCCGAGAGUAA